ACAAACAGCUUCUUGGAAAGAGUAGACGUGGAUGGUAUCUUCUUCACAAUUCUCUUCUGCUCAAAACCAUGAAUCGACGUUUCAGAUCUGCCAUAAUCGCUCCCUUGUCUUCCACUCGUAACUGUAAUCUCAAGGGAUUCUGGAAUAGUUAUAAAUUCAUGAAACGUAAGCUACGUGAUCCGUUCAUCAGAUCGUUUUCAUCCAGUGGUCCAGACGAUGAACAUUCCACGAGGUUAGAUUCAUCUGAUUCUGCAAUUCCGGUUGUUUCAAUGUUAGAAACUUCCCAACCAAUAGAUGCAGGAUCUUCCAUACGUAAGCCAAUAAGUUUAUGGCCAGGUAUGUAUCAUUCACCUGUAACAAAUGCAUUGUGGGAAGCUAGAUCUAGCAUUUUCGAAAGAUUAACAGAUUUUCCUACUAAUGCUCCUCCACAAAGUGAAUUAAUCACCAAAUCCCCAUCCGAAAGUAGAACAACUAUACUGUAUAAAUUUUCAUCGGAUUUCAUUCUUAGAGAGCAAUAUAGAAAUCCUUGGAAUGAGAUAAGAAUGGGUAAAUUGCUGGAAGAUCUUGAUGCCCUAGCUGGAACCAUUUCUUUUAAGCAUUGCAGUGACAACGAUAGCACAACCAGGCCAUUAGUGCUAGUUACAGCUUCAGUUGAUAAAAUGGUUCUGAAGAAACCAAUUCAAAUCGACAAUGAUGUGAAAAUAGUUGGGGCAGUUACAUGGGUUGGAAGAUCUUCGCUGGAAAUCCAACUCGAAGUGACUCAAUCCUCAUCAGAUUUAGAUUCUGAUUCGAUUGCUCUAAUAGCAAACUUUACAUUUGUUGCUCGUGAUAAGAUAACUGGAAAAUCAGCUCCUGUGAAUAAGAUAUCGCCUGAGACUGAAAAUGAAAAGAGGGUUUGGGAAGAAGCUGAAGAAAGGAAUAAAAUGAGGAAACAAAAGAGAGGACUGCAAUUUCCCAUGAAGGAGAUAGAAGAGAAAGAAGCUUUGAGGCUGAAUGAAUUAUUAGCCGAAGGUCGAGUCUUUUGUGACAUGCCUGCUUUAGCAGACAGAGACAGUAUCCUCAUUAAGGAUACAUGUCUACAGAAUGCGUUCUUUUGCCAACCGCAACAAAGGAACAUACAUGGUAGGAUUUUCGGAGGUUUCUUAAUGAGAAGAGCGUUUGAAUUAGCCUAUUCAACUGCUUAUACUUUCGCUGGUAGUGAACCAUCCUUUGUUGAAGUUGAUCAUGUUGAUUUCUUGAGACCAGUGGAUGUGGGAAAUUUCCUUAGGUUGAAGUCGUGUGUUUUGUUUACAGAACUUGAGAACCCGUUGCAUCCUUUGAUUAACAUAGAAGUUGUUGCUCAUGUCUCACAGCCAGAAUUCAGGAGAAGUGAGGUAUCGAAUAAGUUCUAUUUUACGUUUAGUGUUCGUCCAGAGGCGGUGCAAAAAGGAGUGAAGAUUAGAAAUGUUGUUCCUGGUAAUGAAGAGGAAGCAAAGCGGGUAAUUGAACGUAUGGAUGCUGAGAAUCAGUAUCACAUCUCAAAAUAGUUUCGUCAAUUCGAAAACCAGCUUUCGAUUGGGCAAAGGUGACAAUUUUUGGCUUUUAGAACUUGGGUAUUUACAAUUCCUUGAGCUUAAGCUAGUAAUUGCUUUCAUGGUUUAUGCAAUUCUAAGCCUUUGGAUGAGAAGAAAAUGGAUAACUUUUAAGAAAAUGGUGAAAUUCCAUUAAUAUAUUUCUUGAUUGA